AUGUAUCUCCUCCGCUUGUUCCGCCCUAGCCCGCUACCAGAUCUGGGAAGUGGAGAUGGCGACAGUGGAGACGGCGGCGGAGAGGAAGAGAUCUGCGGUGGUGGCGGAGAGCGCGGCAACGGAGAGCAAGCGAUCUGCAGGGCCGGAGAGAGAGAGAGGAACACGGCUGCGGGAGAACAAGAGUGGUGGGAGGAGAAGAACACGGCGGCAGAGAGAAUGAGAAGGAUAAGCGGUGGCGCGGAGAAGAGAAGGCGUCGGGAGAAAAAAAGGAGAGGAAGAAGAGAAGGAGAAGAAGAGGAGAGGAAGAGAUCGGGCGGAGAGGAGAAGAAGAAGAAGAGGAGAGGAAGAGAUCGGGCGGAGAAGAGAUGGAGAAGAAAAGAAGACUAUGCGGCGGCCAAAAAAAAAAAGUUUGAUGGGAUUAUAUAUAGAACUUAA